AUGAAGCUCUCCCUCUUUUCCUUCUUUUUCAUCGGCGUUCUAGCCAAAGAUGCCACCGUCACCAUCUCAGCACCCACAACACAGCCGACUACAGCCUCUCCUCCCGUCGACAAGUCCUUCCUAGGUAUCAUGGUCGAAACCACAUCCUGGUUCCAAUACGGCCUCCAAGACUUCUCUCGCAUCCUCAUCCAAAACCUCGUCACUCGAAGCGGCGCUCCCGUCAUCAUCCGCGUCGGGGGCACGUCUGGAGACUCCGUCAAGUACAACUCCAGCCAGCCGCAGGGCAAUUUCUGGCCGUACAACAACACCAAAGAAGAUGGACUCCUCUCUCCCGUGACUCUGGGGGUGAACUUCACGAAGGCUCUGGAUAAAGUGCCGAAUGUACGAUACAUCAUCCAGGUCCCGCUCGCGAACAGCACCGUCGACAAUACCGUCAACUUCACCAAAGCCAUGUUGCAGCACAUUCCCGCGGAGAAGUUCGAGGCGAUCGAAGUCGGCAACGAGCCGAACUUGUACGAUGGGCAGUGCUUCCGCUCUCUAGACAACUGCCGCCGGAACAAGACGUACACGCCUGAGGACUAUGUCGCCGAUCUCCAGAUCUUCACGACGGCCAUCACCCAACAGGUGCCGAAUCUACCGAGCGGUGACAUCUUCCACGUCGGCAGCCUGGCGGAUGCGGCGCAGUGGUCAGCGGCAGAUCUGUACAAGGCGAAUUUGGGGAAAGUCAGCCGGAUCAAGGCAUUCGCGCAGCAUUACUACCAAGCGUCCAUCUCACAAUCCCCGACCUUGCGCGGGACCUACCUGAAUCACUCGGGUUCUGUCUUGCACAAGGUGAACAAGAACCCCCAGGUGAAUCUGGACUACUUUCGCUCGGCGAAGAUCGACACACCCAUCGUCAUUAGCGAAGCCGGCUCAUCGUUAGGCAGUCGAAGUCCUUUCGAGCGCACCAUCGAUGCGGUGCUGGGGAGUGCUCUGUGGGAACUGGACUGGGUGCUGCUGGUCAUGAGCAAGGGAAUCGCGAGGGUCAAUAUGAACCAGUGCAACGGGUGCAACUUUGCGAGUUUCUGGGCGAGCGAUCCUGCUCCUGGAAUCUUCUCGCAGUACUAUGGUCUGAUUUUUCUCACGGACUGGCUCGGGAUUGGCAGCAAUUCGCGAAAGGGCGACUUUCAGGUGGUUUCGUUGUACAGCGAUAAGAAUCCCACCGUCUCGCCGUAUGCAGCAUUUGUGGGCGGCAAACUCGAUCGCCUGGCUGUGAUCGAUUUGACGGAGUGGAAUACGACCGAGACGACGCCUCGACCGCAGCGUGCUUUUCAAAUUGGAGUUGGGAAUGAUGUCAACACUGCGGAGCUGCGCAGGCUGACGGGGAAGGGUACCAACUCGACCAAUGAUGGUGGUGACAUCACCUACGCGGGAACUCAGUGGACCGUCGCUUCGCCGGGUGGGGUCAAGGUUGGGCAGGAGACGGAGUCGGUGGCUCUCAGCGGUGGGAAGGUGUCGUUCGACUUGAAGGCUUCUGAAGCAGUGCUGGUGACGCUUCAUCGGUGA